GUAUUAUCGACUUAUCGACCUCUUACGAACUUGAACCAGUUCUUCGAGCUACCCAACCAACAUUGUUGAUUGUGUACAAUAGUAAAUCAUUUUUUUGCAUUUUUUCAACCCCGAUUCAUACCAGUUGAACUCCAUGCACCGCACAUGAAUGUCUCAAAUGGUGCCGACACGUAAACGUAUAGUGAUAAUAAUUUGUGUAGUCGUCAUACUCGUCUGUUUGCUACGAAUUUUACUUUUCAAUUCACCUCUGCCUCCAUUAACGGAUCAAACAAAUUAUCAACGGGCCAUUGGAGCGCCCGUGCUAGUCAUGGUUUUCUAUGAGGCUCUAUGCCCAGACUCAAAAUACUUUAUUACAAAACAGCUACUCACAGCAUACGAGGCUGCUGCACCAAUAAUGGAGAUAUUACUUGUACCUUAUGGCAAGGCGACAACAAGUGAAAACGAUGGAAAAUUAAGUUUUGAUUGCCAACAUGGUCCGACUGAAUGUCAGGCAAAUAUUUAUCACGCCUGUGCGUCUGAAGCAAUUGAAGAUCCGCUAGUUCGGUUACAGGUAGUAUCCUGUAUGAUUCGAGACAAUCGUUCCCCUCAAGAGGCAAUGCACAAGUGCGCGAAACAGCAUAGUGAAAACUUUGAUCUCAUACAAAAAUGUUAUGACAGUGACCAUGGAUUAGAGCUGCUGAAACAGAACGGAGAAGCCACACAUUCGCUCAGGCCACAAGUAACGUUUAUUCCAACUAUUACAAUAGAUGGUUCCCAGGGUAGACAGGCAUCCAUUUUAAAAAACUUGCUUUUUGAAGUAUGUAAAGCAGCUGGUAACACAGAUGAAGCUAAAAAAAUAUGCAAAAACACUGUGUAAGAGCGCAUUUAUUUCCAGCACAAAAUGUAGCAUAUUCUAUGCUUAAGAGACUAUCAGGAUUAUCAUUUUAAUCAACAUUUAAUUCUAGCAAAUAGUCACAUUGGUGGUAUAAAAACUACAAAAUAUGUAAAUAAACAAUUUAAAUAAAAAUGACUGUACAUACGGGAAAAAAUAUGC